ACAGCUGGCAUCAGACAUUCGCUCUCUGCAUUUAGGUAGUGAAUUUGACUUCUUUCCUCUGUGCCUUACCCUCACUCCUGCGCUUUGUGUCUCUCACUUAGUCCAAACCCACUUGCGUCACGUGGGCAAUAGCGUGCGGGUGAAAGGUCAGGGCGCUCUGGCUGGUGGCGCGCUGUGCGGUUGGCAGCGCUGCUGUUGGCGGUGGAGGAAGCCGCUUGCAGUUCCAGGUUGAGUUACUUGUGUAUCCUGAUAAAUUGAUCAGAUUAUCCAAAUCACAGUCAACUUGAGUAAACCAAAAUGGGAGUAAUGCUUUCUUGUUGGAGGGCAAAGCCUUCCACUGUAGAAAUAUUGGAAAAAAUUGACAAGGAAAUAAAUACAUUAGAAGAAUUCAAGGAAAAGAAUCAAAGACUUCAAAAGAUCUGGGUUGGAAGACUGGUACUCUAUUCAUCCACUCUCUAUAUCGUAGCCUUUAUAAUUGUGUACUUAUGGUGUUUUCCGGAAGAAUGGACUGCACGACUAACCUUGGCACUUCCAGGAUUUUUAUUUCCUUUAUUGGUCUGGUUGAUAAGAAAAGUUUUGAUUUGGUUAUUUUGCAGAAGAACUGAAAAGAACAGUGAAGCCCUAGAAGAUUUAAAAAUACAAAAGAAGAAGAUACUUGAGGAGGUCAUGGAAAAGGAGACAUACAAGAAUGCCAAACUAAUCUUGGAGAGGUUUGACCCAGAAUCCAAGAAAGCUAAAGAACUUGAUCAGUUGACUUCUGGGAUGCCAGCUACUCCGAAACCUGGUCAAGAACUUCGUCAAAGGACAUCAGCUCAAGUAGCAUCCACUCCACCAAACCUCAAGCAGGGAAAUCCACAAACUCUGCCGAUUGCCUCGCCUGUUCUACAGAGCACAUCAGCUCCUGGUGGCCCACCAGAAAAGACCGCUCAUUCAGUUUUACAGACACCUGUACUAUCGAAGCGGACAAUGCCUCCAGCUACCCCAAUUCCUGUAAUGGGUGUUCAUCCUCCAGGUCCUCCCCUAGCAAGACCAAUCCUCCCUCGAGACCGGGGAGCAGUUGAUAGAGUUAUUGAAUAUUUGGUUGGUGAUGGCCCACAGAACAGAUAUGCACUUAUUUGUCAGCAGUGUUUUUCUCAUAAUGGCAUGGCCUUGAAAGAAGAAUUUGAAUAUGUUGCAUUUAGAUGUGCAUACUGUUUCUUUCUUAAUCCGGCACGGAAAACAAGGCCUCAGGCUCCAAGACUUACAGAAUUCAAUUUUGAAAGAAGAACACCACCUGAUUCCCCAGGCUCAAUUCGUUCUCCAGCUGUGGUACGUGAUGAUCCAAUUGAUAAUGAACAAAGUGAGGAAGCUGGAGAUCAAAGUGUCACAUCCUUUCAUAAUAGCAGACAAGAUGAGAGUGGAAAAGAAGAAUCUACUCCAGUGGAGGUUCAGCUAAGACAUGACCAAGAAGUGGAGCAUGACGAUCAACCAAAAGAAAAUGAAACGGAUAUUGAAAUGAGUAAGGAUGAAGAGUCUGCUGUUAAUACACAAUAGCAAAGUUGUCUACAACUCUGCAUGUAGCUAGAGGUUUAAUAUAUUAUCCGUAACAACAUACCAAUUGAUUGUGCCAGAUUACCAAUACAAUAAAUUAUACUGAUUAGGCAAAACAGUAAAAGGUUUAACUAUUGUAAGUAGUAAUAAGUCUUUCUGAAGAAAAAUCUAGAAAUACUCUAUGUAUUUUGAUUUUUUUUGUGAUAAAUCUGUAAAUUAUCUAUGGUAUUAAAUAGCAAAGGCUGCUUUAUUGCUUGUCAGGUCACAGAAUACCAUUUAGUUGUUGGAUAUUCAUAUGUUCAAUGACCUACAAAAUUAAAAGUAAGAAUCCAAUCAUAAUUUAAAAUUGGUUGACCCUUUAAUCCCUUUACACUUUAGGAUUUGAUGCAAGAUGCACUUGGAUUGGAGUCAUUCUUUUUUUUAUAUUUUAAAGACUGUUUAAUUUAUAAGGCUUUAAAAUCUUGCAAGUUUGAAGCUGGAUUAGGUAAAAGUGUUUAAUUGAAAAUAAACUACCGUGUCUGUGUGUGUUUAUGAAACUUGAUGUUUACAGUCAGCAAUGAAAAACUAGCUUUUAUAUUUUUAAACAUGAAAUGGGAUAGUGGGAUUAGCUAGUCCUUUCUAUAUUUAAUAUUUAAAAGUUCAUUUGGAUAAUGUGUUCUUUGUCAGUAGAGGGUAAAUUCACAUACUGUUGUAAAGGAGGUACAAUGCAGGUUUUUCUGAAGUUUACAUGAGACAUUAUUGUAUUACAGGGACUAAUAUAGUGGUCCAGAGAUACCCUGGUACUUUUUGGUGUGGCUGCAUUUUUUGUUUACGAACUGCCAAUUCAGAAAUGUGUGCUGUGUUUUAAUAUUUUGAAAGCUAAAUAAAUUAUAGUUAUUGCAUCAACUAAGUGCUUUAUAUAGAAUACUGAAAUAUUGCUUUGCUUCAUGUAAAAAAAAACAAUGCUUUACAAAAAAAAUAAGAUGCUGUCUCCUUCAUGUACACUUUCGACAUCCAAAAACACAUGAUUUCAGUCCUCGAACAAAAGCAUAAUUUUAAUAUGUAUGUCUUGGUUUAAAAAAUGGGCAAUGCUCCUCAAAUUUGCAUUAAAGUUGAACACUGGAGUACAUUUGUCUGAAUGGCUACUGCUCAGUACUGGUAAUGUAUAUUUAGUUUCUUUUAUUCUGUUUAUGAGAUGCUAAGAACUAUUUCUGGCAUGAAUCUUUUGUUAAAAAAAGAAAGCUCCUUUAAAACUAUGCUUUGCAUUGGUGGUUGAAUUUGACUUCUACUAGAAAGCCUUGAGCUAAAUUUCCAUAUGAAUGCAUUUAGACUUUUGAAAAAGCAAAAAUUUAUUUUGUUAUUGUGCUGUGGGAUUGUGAGGGAAAACUAUCAAUUUUCAUCUGUGUCUAAUGUGCCCAUACUUUUGAGCCAAACCAUACUGCUGUCUCAACCCAAACAGCAGCAUUUAACAGCUUGCAGAUUCUACAGGUUUUUUGAAGAGCAAGAUGCAAGGUCAUCGUAUAUUCAUUGUAAGAUGGUUCUAACUUCACACGGGAAGACUGAGAUUAUCUUUAUUCAAUAAAUAGAAUAUAAUCAGGGGUUCAAAUAUUACAUUUCAAAGCUGUGAUGUUGAGAAAUUUAUAAUCUGCCUGGGGGAAAACUGUAUAAUAUCUUUUCCAUGUAUGUGAAUGAAGUCUUGCUGUCACAUCCUGUUGCCCCCUCAGAAAAGAAUGUUUACUAUAGAUGCUUUCUCUGGUAUAUUGUACAUGCAGUAAUAAUGGCCCAGAUUUUGUUGCUUAUACUACCACAAAAUUGAGUUUUUGCCAUCAGUGCACCAUGAAGCUCACAGGAUCCUUGAGAUUUUAAUACAUGUGGCAAUUAAUGUGGUAAUGCUGAAGUUGUGAGCUGCAAUUUUCAAACUUCUCCAACAGAAUCAAGGGAAAUCGGUUACACCAACAUGAACUUAAGUUAAUUACACAAUAGACUUGUAACAAAAUACCCUCAAUGUAAUGCUUUUUUUUGCAUGAGGUGUGAAUGAGUUUAUAAUGGUUUAUUAAGAAGAAAUUACUGAUUAACAAACUUGCUAGCCCCAAGAUCUCACUUGUAUGAAUUGUAAUUCCCUUGCACAUUUCAAAACAUAUUAGAUUUUAAUUUUAAAAUGAUUUGAUAUUUCAGCUUCCACCUUAAUUGUUUGUCUGUUUUAAUCUUCGGCUAACACUUUGAAAACAUUUAAAAAGUUAAUUAAACACUUGUGCUUUUUGC